GACCGUGAACUGUUGUAAGUCGAGGAUUACCUGUAGAACUCUUCAAGCGGCUGACUUUUAAAAGAUUUCAUUUGCUGGCUUGGCAUCACCAAAGGACCACCUGAGUCCGUGCGCUUUGUAAAGAGCAUCUUUUCUUAGGACCAUCAGGACGCCCUUGAAUUUUGGAAUGCGACAUUAUCCCCAACAAUAGGCUGGACCUCCUUUCUCCCACGCCGCAGCUCCCGGGAGCGGAACUUCUCUGCCUUCGGAGCUGAUACUGCCGCUGCUUCCCUCUAAUGGCUCCGGAACGCGCUAGCAGCUCGGCGGGUGAGGUCACCUCCUUUCGCCGCGUCAGUCUCCUCCCGCAGGCGCCGCAGUGACAGCUGAGCCGGCGGUUCCUGGUCGCCCACUGCUUGGCUUGGCCGGCUCCCGGGGCUUCUCUCUCUCGGCCGCCGAGGUUGCGGGCGUGGCACGUCGUGCCCAUCCCGGAGAAAGGCGGGCUCGAGAGCUGCGGGAAAACGGCCGUCAUGGCGGAUGACUUCGGCUUCUUCUCCUCCUCGGAAAGCGGAGCAGCCGAGGCCGCCGAAGAGGACCCGGCCGCUGCUUUCCUGGCUCAGCAGGAGAACGAGAUUGCGGGCAUCGAGAACGACGAAGGCAUCAGCUGCGCCGAAGGAGCCGCCCGGGGAAGCCAGGAGGCCGCCGAGGAGCCCCAGGUUAAUUUUGAAAACACAGGAGGAACUACUGUGAACGGUGAUGUGUUUCAGGAAUCCAAUGGACCUACAGAUGCCUAUGCAGCCAUUGCCAAAGCUGACCGAUUGACACAGGAGCCCGAGAGUCUUCGCAAAUGGAGAGAGGAACAGAAAAAGAGACUGCAGGAAUUGGAUGCUGCUUCGAAGGUAUUAGAACAGGAAUGGCGUGAAAAGGCUAAGAAAGACUUGGAGGAAUGGAACGUAAGGCAGAAUGAACAAAUGGAGAGGAACCAGGCCAAUAACAGGAUUGCUGACAAAGCCUUUUACCAGCAGCCAGAUGCAGAUGUGAUUGGCUAUGU